AUGACGUCACACGCAGGACAAAAUAAAGGCUACAAGCGUAUGCUCAUAGUCUUUGAUAUUUAUUCAAAGUAUGCGUGGGCUGUACCGAUAAAGAGCAAGUCUGGGGAUGACGUCACAAAGGCGAUGGAAUCUGUGCUAGCUCAAGGACGAAUGCCUAAAAAGUUACACGUGGAUAGAGGAACGGAAUUCUACUACUCAAAAUUUGAAUCUCUAAUUAUGCAAGGAAGCUGCAAGUGGCUCAAAAUGUUAUCUGAUUUGGUUUCGGCUUACAACAACUCAAAACACCGAACCAUAGGAAUAAAACGAUCGAAUGUUACCGUUGCGAACGAAAGACUGGUAUUACGUCAGUCGUACGGUGGGCUUUGCAAAACCUACCAAACCGGAAAAUUUCAAAACCUGUGA